AUGCGUUCGGGAGGGGAAGAAAGCGAAGAGGUUACCUCGAAGGAAGUCGAAGAUGCCAGAUCAGUAGAGACCGAAAACGAUUCACGAUUGGAUGGCAUACAAGAGGAGGAAACCCUGCGAGAAAUCCGCGACAAAGUGGUAAAAGCGUUAGACUGGUGCCGAGAAAGAAGCACCGAGUUCUUGGGUUGCCUGUUGAAUGAUAUCAGGUUAGCCUUGGUGCUUAAUGUAAUGGAAAAGAAACUUGCGGCUGAAAAAGAUUAG